GCGGUGCAGUGCUCACUGCUCUCCCAGGAGGGACUCACUGCCACUCACACCACUCUCUGCUCCUCUCAGGUCAGCCCGCUGAACGCGCAGCAAGCUGUGGACAUCUAACUGGAUACACCAUUCAUUUGGAAUAUGAACACCUUUCGACUCGGACUUGCUUUCCUUCACUGUGUUGUUUUCCUCCAGCUAAGUGGCUGUUCGUCCCAGGAUGAGAGCGUGAACCCUGCAGGGAAACUUCUGCGCACUCCGGCUCAAGUGCACACUUCAGACAAUGACACCAACAUGGAUGAACACCUUCUGGACAGUUACGAAGACUACAUCUCUGCGGAAUAUGAGGACGACUAUCCCAGAGUUGCAUUUUCCACAAAGCCUAAAGAUUCCUCACUGACCGCAACGAAAGCUCAAAGGAAGGGCAGAGAUAGGAAGAACCUCUGUCUGAGGAAAAGAUACAGAAAUUAUUGCCUCCAUGGCGUUUGCCAGUACCUGCCUGAACUAAAUCAUACCACUUGCAUAUGUGAGGCAGGAUACUCAGGCGAGAGGUGCCACCUGUUCAUCCUGCCUGUUGGCAAAGAAGCUGAAGGCAACAGUCACACCACAGCUCUGGCUGUAAUGGCAGUGGUUUUGUCCUUAACAUGUCUCACCAUCAUUGGCCUUUUACUGGCCUUAAGAUGUCAGAAAAAGGGCGACAGUAGUGUGGAUGAGAAGAUCAGACUUCAGCCACUGGAUAGUAGUGAAGAAAAAGCAAAAGACCCAAACCAAUGGCUCAGUGGACAUGAUAGCUAUCAACUGGAAACAUCCUGUCAAUACUGAAGAGAAAAAAAUGGUAGUGUCCAGAACAUCAUAUGUCUCCAAAGGACGACCUGAAGGAAAUUAUGAACAUUGAUUUGAAGAUUGUAGAACACAUCUGUGGGUCUGUGUAGCUCCAAAACAUAAAGAACAUAGGAAAUAAGAAAGUCAGUGAAUGUAGUUGCAUUACAAUUUUUAAAUGUUUGAACGUACUAUUUAUUUAUUUUUAAAGGAUACUUGAGCUCUAUAAGGUCAGUCAUGUUGGUGUAUUUAUUUAUAUAUUAACUAUUUAUUUUGUCAUGUAAUAAUUAUGUAUAUUUACUGAAUGCGCUGCCAGUUUGUCACAUGUACAGUGCAGUCUGUAAGCACUUAAACAGUGAUGCAUUGUUGGUGGUUUUUUCCCUGUACUCCAGCAUGUUGGAUAUGAAAUGAAACCAUAAGUGUGAGUUUGAAGAACAUAAUGUCAUUAUUAAUUUUUCAUUAACAGGCCUAAGACAGCAACACCAAGGAAGAUAUUUAGUGUUCAGUGAUGUCUGUGAUGUGUACAUUUCAGGUAAUCAUUUAAUGUAAAGAAAACUCUUAUAUAGCACCAAGUACUAUAUACGAUUGGAGUCUGCUUAUUACGAUACCUUGACAGUUGAUGACUGUGCAGAGGAUUGUGCAUUAAGCAUUAAAGCAUUAAUACUAAUAUUGUACACGUUAAUAUCAUAGUCAUUGUUUCAUUUCAAGCUGGAGUACAGAGCCAAAACUAGAAAAUAAUCACUGUUCACUAACUUACAGGCUGAAUUUAAAAUGUUUUUAGAUAUUUAUUAUUGUAUAACCAACAAACAUUCUGAAAGAAUUGCCUUUUUAUGCCUUAUUUGUUGAUGUAUAAAAUUAUUGGUCAUUUGAAUUUAGUACAUUAUUUUGCUAAAUAUUCUUGAAAACCAUUUGUGACUAUACUGUGAAAAAUGGAGUCCAAUUAAAGAUAAUUGGUGGUACCUUUUGUUUGUACAUUACUGGCCAAAAUGUGUAAGCAAGAAGGAUUUCAGCAGUAUUUUACCAACAAUCAACACAAUACAAUGCAACAUGUUUACUGACAGCUAGUGAAAAUGAACCACGAGGCAUGGCAUGGCUCGUCCAGUCACUGUUUCUAUCACCAAUAAGAGUCAAACCAUUUUAUUCUCUAUUAACAAGCAUAUUACUGUUUGUUAUCACUUAAAAAUUAAAUUGUCAUGUGUUUAUUCUUAUAAAAUUAGUGAUGCUUUCAGACUUUUGUCUUGUAUGUAAGAGCUGUUGGUUUAUUUGAGCAGUACUAGUUUUUUC